GCACUCUCACAGACUUGUGGAGUAGCUGGCCAGGACAUUUGGCAGUAACAUGGGGUUGUUCUUUGUAGUCUUAGUACUGCUGGGGGUCUACCUGUACGUCCAAAACCUCAGGUUGAGGAGGAAAUACCCACCAGGGCCUCGUGCCUGGCCGAUCGUCGGUAACCUGCGCGAGCUCGCCCGGGGACAACAUCGAGUGUUCGCUGAAUGGCGACUGAAAUAUGGCGACGUCUUCACUGUCUGGCUCGGCCCACGCCCAGCAGUCGUGCUGAGCGGACAGGACGCUGUGAAAGAAGCUUUGCUGAGGCAUGGCGACGUCUUUUCGUCCCGUCCGGACUUGUUCGUGUGGAGACGGACAAUAGGGACAAGGGGAAAAGGUAUUGGCACGGCCCCUUACGGCCCCGAGUGGAAGGAGACCCGAAAGGUGGCGCUGACUUGGCUCAACACUUUCGGGGCCGGGAAGCAGAGUCUGGAGCCGACCAUCGUGCAGGAGGCGCAGGAUCUGGUUCAAGUUUUCAAGGAUAAAUGCGGCCAACCGUUUGACCCCACGGUGUCUAUAGGUCUGUCGGUUGCCAAUGUCAUCUGUUCCGUGGUGUUCGGCCGGAGAUUCGACCAUGACGAUGAGCGUUUCUCGCACCUGAUGGGGCUUAUCAAUCGGUAUCUCCGCACGAAUACGUCUUCUCAGGCAUUGAACAUCUAUCCAAUACUGCGGCACGUCCCGUCUUUCCGCCGGAAGCUGAAGGAGGUGGUGACGUGCAGCGAUGAUGUCCGCAGCUUCGUCAUUGAAGUCAUCCAGGAGCACAGGGAGACCUUUGACCCGAACAACAUCAGGGACGUCAUCGACGGUUUUCUGCUGGAGGAGCACCGAGGGAACAGAAUACUGUCUGAACUGCCAGAGAACAACAUUUUCAACGUCAUUAGGAACCUGUUCUUGGCGGGAACCGACACCACUGCCACCACGCUCCGCUGGGCCCUGCUGUACCUGGUCAUGAACCCAAAUGUGCAGCAAAAGGUGCAGGAGGAGAUAGAUGAGUCGCUCGGAAAACAGGCCCCAUCAAUGCUGCUGCGAGAACACCUUCCCUACACGGAGGCGACCAUACGCGAGGCCCAGCGGAUCCGGACCAUCCUUCCUUCCUCUCUCCCUCACGAGACCACAGCUCCUGUUACAAUCCUGGGCCAUCAGAUCCCCGCCGGCACCUUCAUCCUGCCAAACCUGUGGUCUCUCCACAUGGACCCGAAGUACUGGCCCGAUCCGGAGCGGUUCGACCCCACCCGAUUCCUGGACAGUGACGGUCAGCUGGCACAGAGGACGGAGUCCUUUUUGCCGUUCGGCACAGGUCCACGGAGGUGCCUCGGAGAACAGCUGGCCAAGUUCGAGCUGUUCCUCUUUUUCACCUCCAUGCUGCAGCAGUUCACCUUCAAGCUGCCAGAAGGCGCCCCUACUCCAGACACGGAGGGGAUUUUCGGGCUUGUGUUUUCUCCAAAGCCGUUUGAAAUCUGUGCACUUCCGCGAUUUUAGACGGGACUUUAACACAUUACUCAGUGUUAUUUAGAGCGCCAUAUUCUUCUUAGAUAUAUUAUGAAUACAACAUAGUGCAGAUAAUCAUAAUAUGCAAAGCAGAGGAGGAAUUGGGAUUACUAGUGCAUUCAUUGUUUGUUCAAGGGGUAAUUUCAAUAUUUCUGAUUUUUUUUUGCCUAUGACUCAUGUGAGUAGCCUGAUUCGAAAGUCAAUAUUUUUAAGGAUCUAAUUAUUUCUUUAUAUGCAGCAUUUUAAGUACCAUGUUGUGAUGUAUGGUAACCCACGUAAUGACUUCGCUUGAAACGUCUUAUUCAGCACUCCGUGACGACCUCGCCAGACUGUAUGACAGUACGGUAUCCUUGUGUACUGCCCUAUAGCACCUUGAGAUACAUGUAAGGUCACAUAAUUAGAACACGUUUGGUACACGUUUUGUCGUAUAUAGUAUGGUAAAAUAUUACGUAUAAAAGGGUAAAUAAUAUUGAGAAUGGCAAAGUUAAAGAUAAUACUCAAGAUAAUAGAAAGUGUACAAAAGAUCAUGUUUGGGCGUUGUUUGUAUGGAUA